AUGAAAAAAUAUUUUUCUUGAUGAGUCGACAAGCCCUCUCAUCAGAAGGUCAAAUCUACCAUUCCUACUAGAACUAGAGACGCCCUAAAAAAUGCUACCCAAGGUGUAUCUAGGAUCAAUAGUAAUAAUUCCUUGCUAGAAGGUCAGUCUAGUUACAGCCCAGAGCAUAUCAAGGAUAAUUUUGAGGAAAUUUGCAAAUUAAUAGAUAAGAGUGACUUUAGUGAUAAGGAAGAUACGAAAGAGACUGAGACAAAGCCAACUGCUUCAACAAUAACUCUUAGAGAAACCUUCUCAUACAUUAGAAAUGACACUUUACUGGUCCCUCAGCUGUACCUAGGCAGACAAACUUCCCACCAGGCAGAGACCCUUAAGAAGAGCGAUACGAUGAGUGAUGUGUUUUGCACAAAAUUACAGGAAAAUUAUCCAGAAGUCUUCUCUGAGACUAAUCUGGGUCAGGAAUUCUCCCAAGUUGAUGAUAUCCCAGAAUGUCUUAAGAACGAAUAUGAAAAAGGACUCAUGAUAAACCAGGACUACAUUCUCACCUUGAUUGAAAAGUUACAAGACACAGACGAAGACGAGCAAUGGGAGAUAUAUGAAAAGGACACUUCCAAAUGUACAUGCUGGUUGGCUAAAAGUGGCUCUUUUCUCACCUCAAAGCUUCCUCUUCUUCACUGAGAAUUUAAUUUCACUAAUAAGAUUCCUUUUGGGAGAAUAAUUGAAGCUGUAACAGAAAUAGAUCAUCGGUCUCAAUGGGAUAAAGAAAUUGUUAAAAUGUACGAAAAUAAGAUAUUUCAAGAUUCGUGAAUAAUCUAUACUAAAUAUAAGUAAGUAUAGACUUGUCGGGAACAUGGACUCGGUGGAUAAACACCUAUUCUUUGAAGUAGAGAACGAAAAGGGAACACCCAUGUUCGUCAGCUACACCAGCUUCCUUCCAAAUGGCCUUGUUCCAAAAGUUAAGGGUCAUAACCGCCUGAAAAUAGUUUAUUCUAUUAUGAUAUUUGAAAGAUUGGAGGAUGGCUCUACUUGUAUGCAGAAUUACUGACAAUUUGAUGCUGGGCCAAGACUACGAAUCCAGAACUGAUCCUCACAAAUUUUAGAAUUCUUAAUGCAAAAGCCUCGGAAUUGGGAAAAGAAGCUUAAUAAUUAUCUGAAAAGGUAUUCUAAGCGUAGGCGGCUUGGGUAA